AAAUACUCCUCUGAAAGAAAUAAUAUCGAGUCUAUUGAGAGAAGUAUGUCGGUUAGUAUUCGUCCAUUUGACCCAGAAGUCCUUCCAACGCAGAUGACCAGAAACGAUCGUCAACCUUAUGCUUGCUAAACAACCCUUGAACCUCCUACAUCGUCUGAGGAAUCGUCAAUUGUAUUCUUUCGCAACAGGAACCUCGGUGAGCUCGGUGCGCAGAUACUACGAAUCACUUGGUCCACAGGCUGUGGCUACUGACACCGAGACUUUCAAGGAUCAUUUCUGCAAAUUCGUGGGACAAGGCGAAUUUCUGGUCUGCUUUGAUGCCCUGCUGCAUGAUCUGGUGGUCUACAGAUGUCUGGGCUAUGGAGUGUCCCUACCGGGGGACUCAGAGAGUCAAGCACCAUCCAGAGAAUUGCGCUUUGACAGUUUCUUCCAGGUGCACUACCGCCGACUGGUUGCCCACGGGGCGGAGAGCUUGAUCAAAGACUUUUGCCUGGUGGCCCAUGGGGAGCAGUAUUUGAUCCUUGCAUCCUCCACUGUGCCGCUGAGCAGCACAGAUGCAGCCUAUCCCCGGGACAGCGUCGUGCAGAACGUGCCCGUGUAUGCCUCUACCACGUUCCACCUGGUGCGUCUGGAAGACGGCACCGUGUGCGACAGGUACUCGAUCAGCAAUGACUGCAUCCACUUGAGCAACAACAGUGGGGUGUACCUCCACGAUGAUCUCCUGGCCAUCCUCACGAUACAUGGGCAGGCGGUGCACCUGCUGCAAGUGCUGCCGGGAGGGCGGAUGGUGAAGGUGCAGCAGUUUGGGAGGCACUGCUGGGACGACGACGAACUCAACCUUUCAGAGCAGGCUCAUGCCGAGCAGCUCUGGCGCAGCUCUCAGGCACGCAGCGCUGCAGCACCGGAGCAGGAAGUACAUUCGGCAGCGGCGGCGCCUGAGGGAAGCGCGCUGGUAGAGGGCAUCACGCAGCGCAUCCUGGCCUUCCUGUUCCUGGAGCGCUACCGUGACGGCCGCGCGCCGUCCGAUGCGCUGCGCCGCUUCUUCUACUCCUUCGAAGCCUACGCCACUCUCGUGAUCUGGAAGGUGCAAUUUCUUGACAGGAGCCGGCUGCUGCUCAGCAUGGGCCUGCGCAACGCCACCCAAGUCCGAUCCAACAGCGCGUAUUUUCUGGUGGUGUAUGACCGGGACUCGGGCCAGGUGGUGGGAUUCUAUGACAACAAGAAUGAGGCGCUGCUGGGCUUGUACCUGAAGCACACGCCCUACUUCCACGCCGCCUGCAUGAGCCAGCCCUGGGCGCGAUUCCUGACACCCUGCCCUGCCAGCCUGCACCUGCCAGACCCCCAAUCCCCCCAGCCCUGGUCGCAGAGCCAGGUAGUGCGCAGGAUCCUGGCAAAUGUGCCUGCAACGGCGCAGGCUUUGUGCACAUCGCCCUUCCUGGACGCGAAUUUGUUUUCGUAUGAUGACAAGCUCAUCUCUGCCACGCUGAAGAUGCGCGGCUACACAGAGCAGCCGUUGAAGUUCGUGUCCAGAGCGCACCCUGCCGCUUCGCGCUUCAAGUCAUCCUCGAUCCCCAUACGCCUCGAUGAUGACUGCACGCUGGAGCAGCUGCAAUCACAAAUUGUGCAGGAACUGCUCAAGGCAAAUAAUCUUGGAGACUUCACGCUCUCUCUGAACAAAAAGGAAGAGAGCAAUGAUGCGGCACCCCCACCCACAAUUGGAAGCGAGUUACAGUAUGUGCUCCGGACGCUCCCUGGAGAUGAGCCAUCAGCCAUGCGCGCCCCAUGCACUGUCAAGUAUGUGACCUUCGGGGGUAGCCUGGUCGUCUGGGGCUCUACAGCCAGCGGCAGGAUGUCCCACAUCAGCAUAGCAGCCGUAGACUAUAUACACUCUCAGCCAGGCAAGUCAGGCAGCGAGCCAAGAUUGAGCGCCAGAGACCUCAGCGGUCUGUACAUGCGGCUCAAGGACGGCUUCAUCCACCCCAUCCUCAUUGCGCUGUGCGCUGAGGAGGGCAGGCAGCCUCCACCCUCCCUGCAGCUCCUGCCCACCGAGCUCAAGCUGCUCUGCCUGCGCCACCUCCAGGCGCGCGAUCUGGCGGCGCUGGCGUGUGCGAGCAGGGACUUGCGGCACGUGGCCAGCAGCGAAGUCCUGUGGGAGCCGCUGCUCGUGGCCGAGUUCGGUGCGCCAUCACCUGCGGACGGCCUGCUCCCCGGCACCGGCGCGUUCAUGCAUGCCUUCGGCGCGCGCUGGACCGAACGCGAACGGCGCCGCCGCCAGCGCAGGCGCAUGGCACACGAGCCCAGGCUGCCUUAUCCAGGGACAGGCCCGCACUUGGUGGUGCCGCACUCAUACUUUCCCGCCGGUGCGGUAGGCGGCGAUUUUGACCGCCUGCCGCACCCCUUCCUCGGCUUCUCGGGAACGCGCGGCAGCGGUCCAUUUGGUGGAGCCGGCUUUGGCUUGGCUGCACCUCGGCGGCCGCGGUGGAAGAACCUGUCGUAA